GCCUCAAAAAAAAGAAGAUGAGGUGUUUUGGUUGAUUUUAGUUUCGACAUUCAUUGAUGACAUUGAUUCGCACUUUUGGGCCGAUCCAAGUCCAGCCUCCAACCUAGCACAUAUCCUGGGCGUGGCUCCCACCUUGGUGUGCGUGUCAGUAGGUCCCGAGGUGAGGUGAGGCGGUCCCUAGCUCAGGGUGAUGUCACCGGACCCCGAGGAUGGGGGCUCGGCCCGGGUGGCCCAGGAGACCGAGGAGACCGAGGAAGAGGAGAGGUCGGAGGAGGCCCCACGGGCUGAUCCGUCCCUCAAGGACAAGAAGCUCACCUUGAGCAAGGUGGUGAUUCGGCGUCUCCCGCCUCAAUUGACGGAAUCCCAACUCUUGGAGCAACUGAGUCCCUUGCCGGACUAUGAUUAUUUCUACUUCGUGUCGGCCGAUCUCUCGUUGGAACCUCAUGCUUUCAGUCGUGCCUAUUUUAACAUUCCAUCCUUGACGGAUAUCUGCAUUUUCAAAGACAAAUUCGAUGGAUACGUUUUUGUGGAUCCGAAAGGCCAUGAAUAUCCGGCCAUGGUGGAAUUCGCUCCGUAUCAAAAGAUUCCCAAAGGCAAAGCUCACAAACGCAAAGACGCCAAAAUGGGCACAAUUGGCGAAGAUCCGGAUUACCUCGAAUUCAUGCGAGUGCUCGAGGAACGCGAGAAAGGCUAUCACUUUACUUUGGAUCAGCAUCUGGAUGCGAUUGAGGCCAAAGAGAAGGAACGAGUUCUCUUGGAUAAAAAAUCCACCCCGUUGUUGGAGUUUUUGAAAGAGAAGCGAGCCGAAAAAUAUCGGAUUCGCGAGGAAAAACGGGAGGCCAAGAAGAAGAAAAAGGAUGGCGAGAAGAAGUCCAAAGACCAAGAAAAGAAGGCCAAGAGAAAAGAGAAGCGGGACAAGAAAUUUGCCGAGGGCAAAGACCCAAGAGAAGGAUCCGGAGGUACCAGUGGCAAUACGGGCAAGGAGAAAAAGAUUCUUCAACGUGAAAAGAGGCCCAAUCCAAAUGAAGCCGCUGAGACCAUCGAGGUAAAAACCAAGGUAUUCACCAAUACGACCAACAAAAAAGAGUUUGGGAAAGGCGGCAAGGGGCCCAAAAAUGAGAAGAACAAACAGAAAGGCCAGGCACGUGAGGGAACGCCCAAGGAAUUUCGACCCUUCAAUUCAGAUCAAGGCGAGAAGUCUGGGGAGCGCCGAAAGUUCUCAGAGCGUCCAAUGCAUAAGGAGAAACGAGAGCGGAACCGACCUCUCCGCGAACCCCAACCCCAACAACAACCACCUAAGGUAUUGAAGAGGCCUGAUCGCGAUUCCAGCGAUAACCUCGGUGCCACCGGGGAAACCGAGGAUCGAACCAAACCCGAGGCUAGACCCAAACGAUAUUCAGAUCGGCGCAAAGAGGAGCGAUUGAAGCGAGAAUUGGCCAAGAACCCAACGAAUUCGAUUGUGGAGGAAGAAACCACCGUCAGUUCGAGGAACGAAAAUGUCCGUCCUGGGCCCCCUUCUCAUUCUCGCAGUCCCAAAGUUGAGGACGAUUAUACGCCUCCCAUCAAGGUCAAAGAGCCUCCAAAUGAAGAGGAAUUAAGGCGAAAGGCAGAGAUUCAGGCCAAACGCGAGCAGGAGCGUCUCGUAAGAAAAGAGAGGCUCAAAAACAAGGAACGUCCGGAAAUGCAGAUCUACCGACCAGGUAUGGGCAAGUUCAGUUCGAAAACCAUCAAAGACGGCAAGGCCAGUCCUCCCAAAGUUGUGGAAGAAUUGCCCGAAGGAAACUCUUCCGGACCCAAAAGGGGCGGCGGCGGAGGUGGAGGCAGAGGUUAUGGAAGGGGUCGAGGCAGAUCUGGGCGUGGGAAGAUCAAACCAUUUGGAGGUGGAGCCGAGCUGACGGACAAUGGCGGCGGCGGUGGUGGUGGCGGAGGGGCAUCUUCAAUUGAAUGAUUCUUAACUGUGUGGCACAAGGUGUCAAUAAAUUUGUUAUAAUUUGA